UACAAGCUGAUGACCCCUUGUGCAAGUCUGUUAUUGUUGGAAUAUUUGAAAUCAAUAUUGCGUUUUAAAGGGAGACAGCGAAGUGUCGCGCUUUGUACAAUGACUGACGUUAUGCCAGGGUUAUCCACCGAUCCUAAAUGUGCGCCGAGUCUCCGCAAGUCGAAUCUUGAGAAGCUUCCCCCGGGUGAACUGAAGCUCGAAAGAAGAAUGCCGAACAUCAAGGUUUUCAGCGGCACCUCGCAUCCGGACCUUGCCCAGCGGAUCGUCGAUCGUUUGGGCAUCGAUUUGGGAAAAGUGGUCACCAAAAAAUUCUCGAACUUGGAGACAUGCGUCGAAAUCGGCGAGUCCGUACGCGGAGAAGAUGUCUACAUCGUGCAAUCGGGAAGCGGAGAAGUCAACGACAAUCUCAUGGAGCUGCUGAUCAUGAUUAACGCCUGUAAAAUAGCGUCGGCGAGCCGUGUGACUGCCGUCAUUCCGUGCUUCCCUUACGCCAGACAGGACAAGAAGGACAAGAAUGCAGGUCAGAGUGAGAAAGAAAAUAAAGUGGAAAAAUGGAAGAAUAUCGAAUGGAAAUUCAGGAGCCGCGCCCCAAUCUCCGCCAAAUUGGUCGCCAACAUGCUCUCGGUGGCCGGAGCCGAUCAUAUCAUCACCAUGGACCUGCACGCCUCCCAGAUCCAGGGCUUCUUCGACAUACCGGUCGACAAUCUGUACGCCGAGCCGGCCGUUCUCAAAUGGAUCAAGGAAAACAUAGCUGAAUGGAGGAACAGCAUUAUCGUGUCGCCGGACGCUGGCGGUGCCAAGCGUGUCACCUCCAUAGCGGACAGAUUGAACGUCGAGUUCGCCCUGAUCCACAAGGAACGUAAGAAGGCCAACGAAGUCGCGUCCAUGGUUCUGGUCGGUGACGUGAAGGACAGAGUGGCCAUUUUGGUCGACGACAUGGCAGACACCUGCGGCACAAUUUGUCAUGCGGCCGAAAAACUGACAGAAGCCGGCGCCACCAAGGUGUACGCCAUCCUUACCCACGGCAUCUUCUCCGGACCGGCUAUAAACAGGAUAAACAACGCCUGUUUCGAGGCGGUGGUCGUUACGAAUACCAUUCCCCAGGACAGACACAUGAAGGACUGCUCCAAAGUUCAGUGCAUCGACGUUUCGAUGAUGUUUGCAGAGGCUGUUAGACGUACGCACAAUGGAGAGUCUGUGUCAUAUCUAUUUUCCAAUGUUCCUUAUUAGUACGAUUUAUUUUUCGCAUUUUAAUUUAAUCGUAAUUUUUUUAUAUAAAGUAAUUUUAUAUUAUAUUGUUGAUUUAUAAUUAUGAAACUAAUAAUAAUUACGUUUUAGAA